AUGUCUGUCUGGUUCACUUGGGCUUUUCUCAUCAGCCAGUGCUUUGUCCUUCAGAUCGCAGGCCUUUUGCACCCACCUUUGAAUGUUACCACUAUAUCCCGGAAUUUCAGGCUGUUCCUCACAUGGGCACCAGAUCCUAGGAAUCCUCCUAACGUAUCCUAUCAAGUGGCCUACAGAUACAUAAAUUCAAAGUGGAAUAAGAAAAAUUGCAGAAAUAUCACUGGCAAAGAAUGUGAUUUGACCUGCCUCUUUGAUUAUACUCAUAAUUACAUAGUAGGAGUCAGAACCAAAUUUGGAUCAUCCAUGUCAAAGUGGGAAGAAAUAAAAGAUAUAUCAUACAUAUUUACAGUGGAUCCAGAGGCACCAACAUUAGAAGUAAAAUUUGUGGACAAGAGCAUGUAUAUUAAUGCAGCAGUAAAGACACCACAUUGCAUAAAAGACAUUUACAAUUUGAAAUACAAUAUUGAAGCAUCUCUAAACAAUGCACCAAAGCAGAUAAAAUUCAAAGAGGUUAAGAUGAACUCUGCUGUCAUCCUGGAUACUACAGGGCUCAGUGGGAAUUAUUGUGUUGAAGCAUUGACAGUAUUUACAAUGGAACAAAAAAAAAUCAGCCAACCAUCCAAACCAUUUUGCCAUCUUUUCAAGGAUGAAGAGUAUAACAGUGGCCACAACUGGAGUUUUGCUGUAUUGAUUUUGUUCCCAAUACUUCUCAUUUCUGGCAUCCUUCUUUAUUGUUACAUCAAGUCCAGACAUCCUGGCGAAGCAAAGAGGCCAGUUGCUUUGGAUUUUUCCAGAUUCAGCAGGGAACUGUGUACCUCAGAGUUUUCGGAAAUGACUCCCCAACAAUAUGACAAGAUCACUACAGUAGAAAUAAGUGGUCAGAACCUGAAUAUUGAUGCCGAUUAUGAAUUAAGUCACUUUAGAUACACAAAGACACACCCAGCGCUAAGAGAAUUUGGAGAAGAUGGAUCUAAAAGCCAGAUGUCUGGUGGUUACAAGCUUAGCUCCUUAAGAUCGUCAUUAAAGGAUCACAGCUGUGAGAGAUGCUCUACCUCAGACUUUAGCUGUGAGGAAAGUGAAAGCUCAUCAGGACCACAUAUUUCUAGACUCCUAACUCUGCAUGAUAUGCAGAAGACUAAUUUGGAUCACACUCAAGAUGAGGAUGAAGACAAGAUCAAGGAGCCUGAUCCCAAUGAAUUACUAUUAAGUACUGUUAAAUCAGACUUUUGGAACAUGUCCUCAUUAGGAUCCAAGUCUUUUUGCCCGCUCAAUCAAAGCCUUAGUGUGCGCUUUGAGACAUUAAAGAUUGAAGGGAAGAGUGGUCAGGUGGAAAACUCAGAUGGUGAAUCUAGUGACCAGUGUUUUUCAGAAUUUGAGGAUUCAACAGAAGAUUUAAAUGAGGAGAGUGAUACAGAGGAUCAAUUAAGCAGUAAUUCAAAUUUGCAAAAGUUAAGAUGCUCAGGUUAUGAAAGCAGGGGUUAUAUGGCAAGGUAG